AUGACUGAUGUAUGGAGCGGGGAUAUAUUGCUUCCUGAUGGCAGAGCAAUCGCUGACGUCGUACUUUCUGCGCAAAAUGUCGCGUCAACACCAGUAAUUCCCGUGGGCAUUGCUUGCUUGCGCUUUCUUUCCACGGUCGACACAGCCCGCAUACCUCUAUACCUGGCUGCUGGGCCCAGCUUAGACGUCUGGACAUCAAGUGAGGCUACUGAGGAAUGGUUCGAGUCGAUACUUCUUAGCAAACCUGCAAGUGCAGUCGAAAGUUCUGACGAUGCUGCUGCUGAUGAAUGGUUAAAUCUUGCACGCUCGCAAGCUCCAAUAGGCAUUUUGGUGCAGGUACAAGAUGCAGGAGAAGACAGGAAUACUUCUCGAGUCACCGAGAUACUCUUUUACGGGACAAUCGCACCGCCCGACCAUGGGGACCUGCCAACAUCGUCCACCUCCACACAUCUACUUGUCGGCCAGCUGCCCGAGCUGCGAGUUCAUGCCCUCCCUUUGUCGUCCAACCUCCUGCACACCCAAGAUGUCGAUAUUUCCAAUCAUACUGAGCCUCAGUUCCUCCCACCCCUUCGCGCACAAGUGCGCCCACCCACAUCACCGAAACGCAAGCGCGAUCUUUUCGAGGAGGCUACAAUUGCCAACAGGAAAGUGAGAGGAAAGGGAGGUCAGGGCAUCGCUGCUAUUGCUGCAAGAGGGCAUGAGUCGCAGCAAUCAUAUCAAUCCCGUAGGUCACUAUCAAUGGACUGGAAGGCCACAUCCAUCUCGGAUCAUCGCUCCGUAUCUGCCAAUGGCUCUCUGUCUCGACCCGCAUCCCGCCAGCUAUCUCGUUCUUCGAGCUUGACCUCCGAUAGGCCUGCGAGUCGCAAGGGUCAACCAGAUGCCCAUGCCAAACGCUCCAAUUUAUCUCUAGUCGCCACGAUCCCUCUCCAGCCCGAAGAGCCGACCACCGAGUCAAGGAACAAGGAAGCGCUGUCUAAAGUUGUCAUGGCAGCUAUGCGCAUGCACGGCCUGCAGCAGAAGAAGGCAAGGUCCCGCCGCGCGUCUCUAGCGCCAGGUCUUCAACAAAAUGAACAGUUGUCUGAAGAGGCAGCCGCAGAAGAAUCCGCAAGAGACGACGAGUACAAACUAAUCUACCACCAAACAUACAAGGGUGCAGCAUUAGCCUUGAGAAAACACAUAGUACAUAAGCCACUACACGCCCAACCAGACCGUUUACGCGACGUCGUAGAGAAGCUUCUCUCCAUAUUCCUGACCGACCCUCUCGCCGAACCCGUACCCUCAGCCACGCCCAUGAAUCCAGUAGCCACACCGGGCAGCAAAAUACGCUUUGGUGUACCAGGAUCCAGCCAUGUGCAUGAGCAUGCAAGUCCCUUUGAUCUGCCCAGCAUCGGUCGAAGGCCGGGCAUGAUGAGAUCGGUGACUGAGAGCCAUGUUUAUACGGGAUCGCCUGUGAGCAAGAGGAAGACUGAUGACAAUACUACUGAACUUGGAGCUGUGUGA